UCUCUUCCCCUUCGUGUUUCCUCAGAAGACAGGUGCCCCUGGAAGGUCAUGAGUGGAGGACGGCCCGUUGGAAGCCAGGUUGCCGAGGGCCCAUGAGGCCUGAGUGCGGGCCUUGGUCCGGUCAGCGCCUUGGACCUCAGGGAGCGUGCGGGGCCACUCUUGGCACUGCCCACCAAGUGACACUGCUGGUCCCUGUCGGAGCCAGACGAGCUGGUACAAUGCCAGUCCCCGUGGCACCCCGCUGGCUCCAAGGUCUGGGCUCCUGUCUCCAAGAGGCCGUGCCCCAGCGGCGGGAGUGCCAUGCUACAGGGAAGCCCAGGCGCCAGCCUACCCAGGAGUGUCGCGCUGCUGGGCUGCACCUUCCCUGCGGCCGGCCCCACUUCGCCCCCCGCACCCCUGCGGUCCUGGGGCAGCAGUGGCCUCGUGGACGGCAGCUUGGGCUGGCCCUGGCGUCCUGCAGGGCCGUGCGUGCUCUCCUCGCAGCGCCGCCUGUCCCUCCUGCAGGAGCACCUGGCGGACGCGGGCACGCCCCUGCCCUCAGCCAGCAGCACCCCUUCGCCCACGCCCAAGCCAGGCCGGCGGCGGGGCCUGCUCCGGUGCAGCUCGCAGCUGUGCGUGCUCUUUGGGAGGAAGAGCCACCUCAAACGCAGGCGCCAGGACCACGCUCGAUGGCCGCGCCCAUCCUUGGACUUGGUGAAGAUGGCCCGGGGGAGCACCCACGGCCACCCCGCCUGCCUGCCCCUCCCCUCCUCCACGGCGGUGGGCGGUGGGCCGGGCUCGCGGAGCUGCAGGACCCUGGACUGCCCGUUGGAGUGGAGAUGGUUUGAGCAGCGAGGAGCCUGCACCUCCGAGGCCGAGCAGGCGCGCUCCGACCCGGGCUUCUCCUGGCUUGGCUUCGCCGCGUCCUCCGCGGACACCUCUUUCAGGAAAGGGCCGAUCGAUGUCCAAAGCUGA